ACACACAUGUUGGAGUAAUCGGAGUUCUGGUCUCGGUCUCCCUUGCUGACGGUUACGCACGGACAGCAGCUCCUCCAGCGCGCCCGCAGCAGACGCGUCCCGCACGCUGUUCUGCUUCAGCAACAUGACGGGCAGAAACGGCAGCGAGGAGCUGAGCUUCAGCCCGCUGCUGGAGGCGAACAUGAGCGGGAAGAGGAACGACACCGACCCGUUCGGGCGGAACGAGGAGGUGGCAAAGAUCGAGAUCACCGUCCUGAGCCUCGCGUUCAUCGCGGCGGUCGUCGGGAACGUGAGCGUGCUGCUGGCCAUGUACAAAACCCGCAGGAAACCGUCCCGCAUGCACCUGUUCAUGAAGCACCUGAGCCUGGCGGACCUGGUGGUCGCCUUCUUCCAGGUGCUGCCGCAGCUCUGCUGGGAGAUCACCUUCCGCUUCUACGGCCCGGACUUUCUGUGCCGGAUCGUGAAGCACCUGCAGGUGCUCGGCAUGUUCGCCUCCACCUACAUGAUGGUGAUGAUGACCCUGGACCGCUACAUCGCCAUCUGCCACCCGCUGCAGACGCUCCAGCAGCCGACGCAGCGCGCACACAUCAUGAUCGGCUCCACCUGGGCGUGCAGCCUGGUGCUCAGCUCCCCGCAGUACUUCAUCUUCUCCCUGAGCGAGGUGCACCCCGGCUCGGCCGUCUACGACUGCUGGGGCCACUUCAUGGAGCCGUGGGGGCUGCGCGCCUACAUCACCUGGAUCACGGCCGGGAUCUUCCUGGUGCCGGUGGCCAUGCUCGUGUUCUGCUACGGAUUCAUCUGCAGGACGAUCUGGAGGAACCUGAAGUACAAGACCCGGAGGAAGAGCGCCGGCUCCGUGGCGGAGGCGCACAAGUCCGGGAUCCUGGGCAGGAACUCGGUGAGCAGCGUCAGCACCAUCUCCCGCGCCAAAUUACGCACGGUGAAGAUGACGUUUGUGAUCGUGCUGGCCUACGUGGUGUGCUGGGCGCCUUUCUUCACCGUGCAGAUGUGGUCGGUGUGGGACGAGACCUUCUCCUGGACCGACUCCGAGAACGCCACCGUGACGCUCUCCGCCCUGCUGGCCAGCCUCAACAGCUGCUGCAACCCCUGGAUCUACAUGAUCUUCAGCGGACACCUGCUGUCCGACUUCGCCGGCAGCCUGCCGUGCUGCCGCUCGCUGAGGAACAAGUUCGUCCACCACGACUCGGACAGCAGCAUCCGCCGGACCACGCUGCAGUCCCGCCUGCAGGGGCCGCGGCUCUCGGAGCCCUUCAGAGACCUCAACCCGACCCCGAAGAGCUUACCGCAGUGUCUGUCCUGACCACCAGGACAAUCUGGACACGAGCCGGUCUUAAUCUGCUGCUCUGCGCAGCGGAGGAGGCAUGAUCUCAUGUGAGGGUGCGGUCACACCUUCGCUCUGUUUUCUUUGGUCCGGCCCGGAGUGGAAACAUUGACUCCGUGGCAACUUUUGGUAGUUAGUUUGUUCAGACUCACACGGCAGUUUUCAGUCUGCCAGCUCUGAGAUUCUUUUGGAGGGUUCGACAGUCAAAACAAAUCCACUCACUUAAUCUUCAGCCGUUAGCGUGACGGCCUUCACUGCUCCUCGCUGUGAUUCAGCUGCUUUAGUGUCUGAAUAUGAGCUUCUCCUGACACACUGAGAUUCUCUCUGAGACGCACGAGGAAACAACCGGAUCUGAUAUGUCGAGAAACACGUGAACGCUGGUGCUACGUUACGGUCGGCAUCACGAUCGUUUAGCUGCUGCUGAAUCUGAUUUUUGAUGUCUGGGUCGACGUUCAGCUGAUAAACUCAAACAGAAUCUGACGUCAUCAGAUCUCGUAAAGUUUCUUCUAAACAUGUUUGAUAUUUGAGGUCAUGAGUCGAACUAUCCAGAUGUGUUUCCUCAGAGGUCCAGUGUGUCGGGUUUAUGGGGAUCUGUUGGCAGAAAUGGAGAACAGGAGUCCUGAGUCGUCUUUUAUUUGGUAAACUCAAGUUGAGUCUUUUCAACCCUCAAAGAUUCUGCAGUCCUACCUGCAGUUUUUGAUCCGUAUAAAGAAAAAAACAAAGGUGUAAGUAUUUUAUUUGAUAAAUAAGUCAUACAACUCACAAGUCAUCAAAACACUGACUAAAUGAGCCCUUUAUAUCUGCAGAGGGAGCGACAGGGUUGGACCCCAGAAGUAUCCACACAGUAAAAGUAAAGAGAUCUUGUAAAACUACAUGCUCUGCCCCCAAAACGUUGUACAAAUACCUCAAACUCCAUCGUUCCUACGGUAGCCCAGAGGAGACAAACCGAACACUGAUUCUAGAGGGAAGGCCUGAAAAACAGCUCAGUUUCCCAGAAUGCAAAGUGACGACUUCCUCUUUCUUCUCUCGUCCAAUCAAGGCUCCAGAAACCCAAAACACUCUUCAUUUACUGUCGCGGUGACGAAGACAAUCAGAGAAUCUUCACCUCUAAGAAGCUGGAACAGACAAAUAUUUUACAUUUUUGCAAUUAAUUUCCUUCCGAUCGUCGGGACGAGGGGUGUUCAGUUGGUUCCAAUCUGCAGUCUCACCACUAGAUGCCACUAAAUCCUCCACACUGGACCUUCACAUGCAUGUUGAUAUAUCACGUCACAGUCACGACACUUCUGAAAGGUACUUACAAUCAUUUUCAUGAUCAGAUACAUAAAUGCCACUUACUCUCUCGGUUAUUGAUCGUUUGGACUGAAAAACGUCAGGAAACAAGAGAAAAAAGUGCCUAAUUACACAAAAAAACUGCAAAUAUUUACACUCGAGUAACUUCAACAAUUAAACUCUCAUCAGAAUUAAUUUCCUGCCCGUCAGCGAGUUCAUGAGUUUGUUUCAGCUCCUCUGAAUUCACAGUCACAUUAAAGCUACCAGGAGCUUAUUACAGUGUUAAUUAUCAUCCUCAGUCUGUUUCAGUGAUUAAAUGUAAUGUUUGAUGUGUGUUGACUGUAAUUAAAACUGCACUUUUUUGUGUUUAAUAUAAACAAUGUUAAUCUUAUGAAUCUAUGCUUGUUUACUUAUUGACAGACUCAUUCCCAGAUGUUGUUGUUGUUGUACAGAUGUUUUAUCAGUGUUGUGUAUUCUGAAAUACGUUGUAAAUAAAGAUAAAUGUUAUCACUCGUC